GAGCUCUGAGAACUCCGGGCGGAAGCACGUGUAGAGAAGGAGGAGGGGAGACAUGGUGUCACUGGAUGCUGUUUUUAGAAAGCAUUUUACUUGAAAACUGAAGGACAAAAUGGACUGUAUGCUGCUUGUUGCUCCUAUCACAGCCUUGGAAUUCAUUGGCGAAUACCUUCUGGCUGGUGAAGGCCCUUAUCUUACUGUGUAUAGUGUAAAGGACAAACAUAUCAACUCACAGAGGAUUCGUCAGAAUGUGCUCCACAGCUAUACGGUGCAUGGAAUUAAAUUGCGUGACUCUGCUUUUUCAAAAGCCAACAAUGUCCUGCUAUGUGUGUUUGGAAGCAAGGGGCUAAUUGUUUUACAGUUGAACAUUAUGGAUCAGGGUUUGAACUUGUUGAAACUCUGUGAUAUCCGAGAACUUAAUGAUUGGAUUUGGGACGUUCAAUGGCUUGGUGAUGAUUUGCAACCUACCUGCUACCUUGGUCUCGCAAUGGGUCACAACUCUGUGGUUCUUUACGAUUAUCUUAAUGGGGAGAUUCUGAAAGAAGUCCACUGCUCAGAAAAAUGCAUUCUAUAUUCUGCGCAUUUUUGUGGUGUCCAAUGGGAGGACCUUAUUAUGGUGUCAGGGACUGUUUUUAACCAAUUGGUCGUUUGGUGUCCUUCUGAUCAAACAAACGUAGAUGGAAGAGUAGAACCCCGAAGGAGAAUCAGCGGUCAUGAUGGUGUAAUUUUUAGCAUUUUCUAUAACAAAGGAAGAGGUAUCUUGGUUUCGGCUUCUGAUGACCGCAGCCUCCGGGUUUGGGAUGUCGGUGACCUUUCAGCCUCCACCUUUAAUGUCCAAUGUCUACAUGUGUUAUAUGGUCAUCAGGCCCGCGUUUGGUCAGUCAGACUACUCUCUGAUUACAUCAUUAGCAUCGGAGAAGACUCUGCAUGCAUUGUGUGGGACUAUGCUGGAGGUUUAAUUCAUAAUUUUAAAGGCCAUAAGGGUCGAGGUAUCAGAGCUGUUGCCGUUAAAGAAGAACCUGGCUGGAUAGCUACUGGUGGUGCUGACGCUGCCAUCAGAAUCUGGCAAAUCAGAGGGAAAUCUUUUCUACCAAAUGGUCUCCAAGCAUUAGAGUUUAGCUCCUCUUUUUGUAAUGGUUCCCCAAAGGCAAUAAAAAUGUUGGAUACAAAUUUUCUAGUUGUAAUGACUGAUCAGGGUUCUAUAUAUACUUACAAUUAUAUCUCCAAACAAUGGAACUUCAUUUUAGAGGAUAACUCAUAUGCAUCCUAUAGUCUCCUGGAUAUCUAUAAGUCAAAAAAUUGUGUCCUGUGUGCUAUUGGUAACAUAACAGGUAAUAUUAAGAUCUUCCCUAUCUCUUCUGCUUUAAGUGGCAAGGACCUCAAGCUUCAUCAGGGUAAAGUCCAUAGCCUGAAUUGGGCUUCAUCUCCAUGUCAGAGUUCAGACACAUGUAGUCUUUUUUCAUCUGGAUCCAAUGGUGUAAUGGUUUGGAUUGAAGUAAUAUGCCUACCUGGGCAUGUUCUGUCUGUGACAGAGAAACUUUCUUUUGCUUUACCCACCUGCAAGCAGAGAUGGCAUACUUGCAUAGCUUUUUUGCCACAAAAAGACUUUAUUGUGGUUGGAGAUCGAAGAGGGUCACUGAUGCUUUUUCCUAUUAAUUGUCCCCCAGUGCAAAAUGAUGAAAAUGGAAUCAGAAGGUCCACUGCCCCAGAGCGCAAAACACAAAAUGAUCCAAGUUUUGAUUCUGUCACCGCAGAAGAAAAUCACACCGCAUCUGUGGGCAAUGUAAAACAAUACACAAGUGGCCCAGUUUCAACUCUGUUUGGCAUUCAUGGAAAGUUAGGAGUUACAUCUGUCAUGUGCCACGAUGGGUUUGUUUACACUACUGGACGAGAUGGACUUUAUCGUCAGCUGAUGGUAACAGAAGGACAACUAGUCAUGUUACGCAAGCUGAAGGCAUGUAAGGGGAUGGAGUGGAUAGAGUCCAUUUCUUUUACAUCAGAGGGUAACUUGUACAUUUUGGGCUUUCAAUCUACUGACUUUGUAGUUUGGAGUAUGAGGACCAAUGAAAAGAUUCACUGCGUUCCCUGUGGCGGAGGACACCGAUCGUGGAGCUAUAGGGAAGAUGAAAACCAAGCUGUAUUUGCUUACAUCAAGUCUGGGGACAUCUUUGUCUACCAAAGUAAAAAAACAGAAAAAAUACACAGUGUAAUAAAGGAGCCUAUGCAUGGCAGAGAACUCACAUGUGUCCGCUAUGUAGGAACGAUUAUGGCUCUGCACAAUGAAUCUCUUCAUAUUCUCAUAACGAGUAGUGAGGACACCACUGUUAACAUAUUUUCCUUCAGCGAAGUCACAAAAGAGGUACACCAACUUGCCACCCUCAACGAUCACUUGUCCAGUGUACGGACCAUGGCUUUAGCAAACACCAAGCAUAUUCAGGGUGGAGACUGCUGCCUUUCCACUCUACUUUUUACUGCAGGCGGGAGAGCACAAAUUGAGUGCUAUAAAGUACAGGUGAUGUGGAAGAAAGAUGAAACAAGACUUUCAUGUCAAGUGUUCCACUUAGCUUCUCACAGAUUGGAUAAACCCUGGGAGAGAAUGAAGAACAAACACAAAAGUGUGAAGAUGGACCCUGAAACAAGGUACAUGUCGAUUGUUCCGGUUACAGAAAGUCAAGACAAGCAGAGGCCGAGGUCGGGCAAUCCGUAUGUGUUUCUGGCGGCGGCUUGCAGUGAUGGAUCAGUCAGGUUUUUCCUGAUGUGUGAAGGUUCCCAGCGCCUCGUCCUAGCUGCACAAUCUUUUUAUCACCAGCGCUGCGUGUUGAAAGUCGACACUUUAAUCUACCAAUCAAACGACAAGCAGAGAAUUUUGCUUUCCAGUGCUGCUACUGAUGGUCAAAUUGCUUUCUGGGAUCUCAAUCACACAAUGGAGCAAGCUCACACAGUGCUUGAAGACACGGAUUGUCCGCCUCUGGAAAUGGAGCCUUUGUCUUUUACUGUCUCUGCUCACCAGUCUGGGAUCAACAGCCUUCAUAUUCUAGAAACUAAACAUGGACAUCACUUGGUGGCUAGUGGUGGAGAUGACAAUUCUCUCCAUGUUUGUCUUUUGACUGUAGAUCAAGUAAAUGAUCCCAACCAAAGAACGAGCAUCCAACUCUUAAAAGAGUUCUCUGUCUCUUCUGCUCAUUCUGCACAUGUUACUGGGCUGAGGAUACUUCAAGAGGAUCUGUUGGCAUCUGUAUCAGUGGACCAACGUCUGACUCUAUGGAGCCUUGAUGGCAAUGGCCUUCAGCACCUAAGCACCAGGUUCUCCCAUGUGGCAGAUGUAUCUGAACUGGACUGCUGGGUUUUAAAAGACAAAGAGGAAUACGUAUGCGUUCUCUGUGGCCAGGGUCUGGAAAUUGUUAAAUGUAUGAGAUGACAAAACCAUGUUAGGUGCGUGUUCUCUCUCUAACCAGAUCUGAGGACUUUCACGUCAAAAGAUUAUCAGAAUCUAAAAUGCAGGUUUUUUUGUUUUUAAUAUUUGUCAAUAAUAAUUAAUCAUUGUUCAAAAAGGGAAAGGUGUGUCUUUAAUUUACAACCAUCAGUCUACAGAUAUAUUAUUCCCUCCUAGCUUAGCCACCCAUGCUGACCUUUCCACCACCACUCUUUUAGUACGGUCACCUGAAAGGGUAUAUCCCAGUACCCAUUCACUACCUGUUGUACUCUUGAUAGGUUUUAUAAUGAAUACAAUUGUGGAAUGACAAGCCUUGCCUGAAUAAUUGAGUAUUUUUUUUCCCCGCUGACAGGCUGAUGCCUGGGCUUUGCAAGAACUUCAUUCAUUAUUAAAGUCCAAUUUUCUCCUGUGUCCUCCGACUGUUCAGUAGGAGGCCUAACUGAGCUCAACUGAAGCUAAACCGGGACCGUGAACUUCAUAUUCCAUUUAUCAAGAUUGUUCCUGUAGAGGAAAAGUGUGCAGUUGUCCAAAUUAUGCAUUUUCUUGGGAAAGUGAUUUAUUAAAAUGGACCCGGGGAGUAUCAUAAAAUAUGCAGGGAAUCUCUAACAAAAUUAAUGUCUACCAUAAUAAUAACACCAAGAAUGAAAGGGGAAGCACAGAAAAAGGACGUAAUAUGGUGGUUGGGUUGUUGGCUUCUAAAGGUCUUGCAAAUGGUACGAGAGAAGCAUUACCCACCUCUCAGGUGCACGCACACAAAAGGCAACAGACAGCUGGGAGAAUGGGAACAUCUUGGACAAACUGGGGAUGCAACCUAAGCCAUCAGCACAAUAGCUGUACAAAGGAGGUAAGUCAGAGAAGCUACAGAAAUAGGACAUUCUGCCUUCAUCUGAAUCUGGGCUCUGGAGAUUUCCAGAGAUAGAGGUUUUCCAUCUGCAAAUAUUGUUUAACCACUCAUCUACCAUGACCUCUGACAAUUUGUUUAACUAGCACAUUAAAUAAUGAUGGAGAACCGCAACCUCACUUUUAUUUACUUUAUUGGUAGGAUGUUUAAUAAUGAAUAUUACGAAUGACUGCAAAGUAUGAAAUGCCCCUCAGAGAAUCUAGGCAUACAUUUGGGUUUUCUGCGGAUUAUGUUGCUGGUUUGUUAAACAUUAGUUUACUUUGCCUGACAGUGGUCCAACACAGAUUACGAAUUCCAUGGCUG